UUGGUAUACCGUUCGACUCAACGAAACAUGAACACCAUGUUGUCAGAAAAGAGUCGAAAUUUCACUAUUUUUGGGUCAUUCUUUGUGGUUUUCUUGGUUAAUCAUCUUGUCUCAGGUAACAGCUGCGAGGAUACUGGCUUCCAUCCUGAGAAGAAGGGCAAGUACCUCAAACAUCACGUCAUUGAUGCCAUGACAACCGAAACUGCGUCCUUGUGUCGCAUCAUGUGUUAUCUACAAGAGUCUUGCAAGUCAUACAACUAUCAACCAAGCAAUGGGUCCUGUGAGCUUAGUGACUCAGAUGAAACCGAACAUGAUCUUGUUAAUUCUCCUGGCCAUAUCUACGUUAAAAGAAAGAACCCUUGUGAAAAGAAUCCAUGUAGUGAUAACGAAGUAUGCAAGCCGAAUUAUAAAGAAGAAAGUUGGAGCUGUUCUUGCCGACCUGGUCACGAAGGUCCAAAUUGUAGUAAAGUUUUUGUCAAUUGUUCAGAGCUGUUCUCAGCUGGCAAUACUAAAGAUGGAAUCUAUCGAAUCGAUCCUGAUGGACAAGGCUCUUUCCAAGUCUACUGUGACAUGACGACCGAUGGCGGUGGGUGGACUGUGUUCCAAAGGAAUCGAAAUGACUCCCUCACGUCUUUCAAACGUCAAUGGCAGGAAUAUAAGACCGGUUUCGGUAACAUGACUGGCGAGUUUUGGUUGGGCCUCGACAAGAUUUACCGACUGACCAAAACGCAAGUUGCAUCAUUACGUAUUGAUCUGGAGGACUGGGUUGGGACCAAGAAACAUGCUGUGUAUUCAUCGUUCUCUAUCGCUGAUGAGAGUGAUUUUUACCGCCUGAAUGUCAAUGGAUACUCUGGUACUGCUGGAGACUCUAUUACAACUGCUGAGGAAAAUUCAGGCUGGAUUAACAAUAAGAGCAAUUUUAGUACACCUGACAAGGAUAACGAUGAUAGGACGGAUGGGAAUUGUGCAGAGAUUGGUGGUUGGUGGUAUCGAUGGUGCAGUAUUUCAGAUCUUAACGGACAAAUAACCUGGUGGACCUUUUCUAAAACCUUAAAUAACACCGAAAUGAAACUCAAAUAAAUUAAUCAUUCCGUUGCUUUAUUCAUUGCUGGAUAAUUUGUUGGUUUGUGUGGUUUGAAUUUCAUUGUAAAGCAAAGGCCUUUAGUCUGAGGAAUCCGCUAUUAUUUAGCAAUUAUUCGCCGAAGGCGAAGUGAAUAUCGGGUAAUAGAGAGUUAAGAUUCUCUUUUACGGCAAACGCGAAACGUCAGUUGACCAUUAGAAAAUUCUUUAAAAUUAGUGAAAAGGAAUCGCAAAAAUCUCUA